CUCUCUCGUGUUUCCUCUCUGUCUUCCUCUUCCUGCUUAUUAGUGUUGAGUGGACAGACAGAGACAGUCUGAUUAACUGAGUCAGAGCUGAUGUUCGUCAUCACCUGGAAAAGAGGAAGAGUUCAAUGUUAUUCAUUGUUAAUGAGUGAGGCUGCUCUCAAGUUGGUGCCAAAAGACUUUUGUGUGAAAAAUAAAGAUUAGAAAAAAGAAAUCUAAAAGAUAAAAACUCCAGAUCUUAAACUAUAAAUAUAUGUAAGAAAGUAAAAUGUAAACGAGUGCAGAUAUGCAGUCUGGAGGACAAUGUGCUACAAGGCCAAAAACAAGAAAAGUUUCUUCUCAUGAGUUGACAACAACAAACUUCCAUAUGUCUGUCUGAACUUAAUGACUCUGCAUGUAAACGCACUGAUUAAUACAUGUUUUUAUCUUCCAGGGUCAAAGGUCAUCAAAGUGAAUCGAGGGAGUGAUGUUACUUUACCCUGUUCGCUCAGCACCAAGGAGAACAUUGAGGAUAAACUCUUUGUCUGGAAGAAAGAUGGUCAGAAGGAGUUGUUCCUGUAUGAAGCAGGGGAUCAUUACAACAACGUCCGAACAGGUCAAGUUCACCAGUUCGAAGGUCGAGUCUCACAUUUUCCAGAUAGACUGAAGCUCGGCGACGCCUCCAUAAACAUCAGAAAGACGAAAUUGGCCGACAGCGGAAACUACACCUGUGCUUUUCCUCGUCUUCAGCCAAGUCAAAUAUUCCACAUUCAGCUUGUUGUUGUUGCAGCUGCAACGCUGUCCAUCGAGAUAUUUGAAACGAAGGACGGGACGCUGCUGCAGUGUGAGAUUCAAGGUGCUACUCCACAGCCAAAGCUACACUGGCAGGACAUAGCUGGAAACAUCCUUCCUGCUGGAGAACCACAGGCCUCAGAAAGAGGAGGCAUCUACAACAUCACCCUCCAAACUACUGUGACUAAGACCGGCCUCUAUGUGUGUUCAUCCACACAGGAGGAAAUCAACCGUCAGAUUUCUGUUGUGACCUACAUGUAUAUCACUGGUGCAGCUCCAGAGCCGUCUGUCACGAUACUUGAUCAAACGAAGGACUGGUCGCUGCUGCAGUGUGAGGUUCAAGGCGCUCCAAAACCUAAAGUAGAGUGGCAGGACAGUGCUGGAAACAUCCUUCCUGCUGAAGAACCACAGGUCUCAGAAAGAGGAAGUCGCUACAACAUCAUCCUCCAAACUAAUGUGACCAAGACCGACCGCUAUCGCUGUGUAGCCACACAGGAGGACAUCAACCAUCAGAUUUAUACUGAGACCUACGUGUUUAUCAGUGGGUCAAAGGUCAUCAGAGUGGAAGUAGGGAGUGAUGUUACUUUACCCUGUUCGCUCAGCACCAAGGAGAACAUUACGGAUAACCUCUUUGACUGGAGGAAAGAUGAUCAGAAGGAGGUUUUCCUGUAUGAUGCAGGGGAUCAUUACAAUAACGGCCGCGCAGGUCAAGAUGAGCAGUUCGAAGGUCGAGUCUCACAUUUUCCAGAUGAACUGAAGCUCGGCGACGCCUCCAUAAAAAUCAGAAACACGAGUGUGACCGACAGCGGAGACUACACCUGUGCUUUUCCUCGUCUUCAGCCAAAUCAAACAUUCCACAUUCGGCUUCUUGUUGUUGAUCCCAUCUUAAAGGACAGAUCAGGUGAAAACAUCCCAGGGUCAAAGGUCAUCAGAGUGGAAGAAGACAGUGAUGUUACUUUACCCUGUUCGCUCAGCACCAAGGAGGACAUUGAGCUAAAACUCUUUGACUGGAAGAAAGAUGGUCAGAAGGAGGUGUUCCUGUAUGAUGCAGGGGAUCAUUACAAUAACGGCCGAGCAGGUCAAGAUGAGCAGUUCAAAGGUCGAGUCUCACAUUUUCCAGAUGAACUGAAGCAUGGCGACGCCUCCAUAAAAAUCAGAAACACGAGGGUGGCCGACAGCGGAGACUACACCUGUGAUUUUCCUCGUCUUCAGCCAAGUCAAAUAUUCCACAUUCGGCUUGUUGUUGGGUCAAAGGUCAUCAGAGUGGAAGAAGACAGUGAUGUUACUUUACCCUGUUCACUCAGCAGCAAGGAGGACAUUGAGUUUAAACUCUUUGACUGGAAGAAAGAUGGUCACAAGGAGGUGUUCCUGUAUGAAGCAGGGGAUCAUUACAAUAACGGCCGAGCAGGUCAAGAUCAGCAGUUCAAAGGUCGAGUCUCACAUUUUCCAGAUAGACUGGAGCACGGCGACGCCUCCAUAAAAAUCAGAAAUACGAGGGUGACCGACAGCGGAGUCUACACCUGUGCUUUUCCUCGUCUUCAGCCAAGUCAAAUAUUCCACAUUCAGCUUGUUGUUGGGUCAAAGGUCAUCAGAGUGGAAGAAGACAGUGAUGUUACUUUACCCUGUUCGCUCAGCACCAAGGAGGACAUUGAGCUAAAACGCUUUGACUGGAGGAAAGAUGGUCACAAGGAGGUUUUCCUGUAUGAUGCAGGCCUUCAUUCCAGUAGCGGCCAAAUAGGUCAAGAUCAGCAGUUCGAUGGUCGAGUCUCACAUUUUCAAGACAGACUGCAGCACGGCGACGCCUCCAUAAAAAUCAGAAAGACGAAAUUGGCCGACAGCGGAAACUACACCUGUGAUUUUCCUCGUCUUCAGCCAAGUCAAAUAUUCCACAUUCAGCUUGUUGUUGUAGGUGAAUUAACGGACAGAUCAAAGGAAAAACCAGGUGCAGCUGCAAAGCUGUCCAUUGAGAUAUUUGAAACAAAGGUCGGGAUGAUGCUGCAGUGUAAGGUUCAAGGAGCUUCUCCACAGCCAAAGCUACAGUGGCAGGACAGUGCUGGAAACAACCUUUCUGCUGAAGAACCACAGGUCUCAGAAAGAGGAAGUCGCUACAACAUCAUCCUCCAAACUACUGUGACCAAGACCGACCGCUAUCGCUGUGUAGCCACACAGGAGGACAUCAACCAUCAGAUUUAUACUGAGACCUACGUGUUUAUCAGUGGGUCCUCCACUGGAUGGAUUGCUUUUGGAGUUCUUUUAGUUGUUGGUGUUGUUGGUGUUCUUCUAUAUGUGCUUUACAAAAAGGGUUACUUCAAACUCAAUUCUCAGAAAGGUUCACCACAGGAGACAAGCUUCCCCUAAACGGAGGUUCACAGACUUCAAGACCCCAGCCAUCAGAGUAGCCACCUGAUCCAGAAACUGAACCAGCUUUACAUGUGCUGUGAAGUUGGCUGCUGAAGUAUGUGUGUGUUGUAUUUCUGAUUUGUGAGAGCCAGUCUGAGGUUUGGACCAGACUGUAUGAUAGUGAGGACAUUUUGGCUGGUCCUCACUUAUUUCAGGCAGUUUGAGAGUUAAACCUGGUUUUAAGGUUAGUUAUCUUUCCCUGACCUUAACCAAGUGUUUUAUAUACUGUCCUUAAUGAGUCUUCCUUAUCAAGAUCAUGGACAGUAAGAUAACAGCAAGCCAAUAUACUGUAUGUAGUCUUUACCUCACAGCACUCAAUAUUUGGUUGAAGGCAGAAUAAGUAGGAUUUGUUGCUUUUUGUAAACACGUGAUUCUAAGUUGGCCCCUUGGCGUCAGCUAGAACAAAUCAGUGAAUCAGAGAAAUAAAAUGUUGUGUUCUUUACGAACACAGCAAACUAAUAAGAAACUAAGAAAAUACCGACAGAGGGCAGCGUCUCUGCAGAUAGACACUGCCACACACUUCUCGUGGGCCAUAAGUGAUGACUGAGAGGGAUUAUUUUUUAUUAUUAUCUUACAAAUAGUGCCCAAGGCAAGUGUUGGACACAAAAUUCUGUUGAAGAGGCAUCAGUACACCGACAUGCUUGUUGGACGGUUGUGUCCAACUCCUAAUCACAGUUGCCAAGUUUUUAUUUGGGCUUGUUUUUCUGUAAAGUUCCUUACAAAUAUUGGUGGUUGUAGUUUUUGGGGCUUGUGUAGUUGCUUAUUUAGCCUUGCUCCCUAUGAGGAGAUUGGAUUUACUGCCUCAAAGUAAAACAAGACAAGACAUACGUUAGCUGAAGGUAGCAUGUCACACAUCCUCAUUCAUUUAUUCAUUAUCUCUGCCAGACGUAAGCAGAAUUCGCCAUUUUACAAUAAACUAGGCUUAAAACAAAGCUUACCUAGUCUUUUGCAGGCCACUUUUUGGCUUGUGUCGUGGCUUAAAAACUGACAUCCAUAGAAAAGUUUGGUCUCAUCUUGAACCGGAGCAUCUGCAGAUUAAUUCCACACCCGAUAUGUUAUGAUCCACUAAAGUUAGACACGAUACGAGAUCAAUAAAUCCACGUUUUUUUUGUUUGCUUUGCUAGAUAUAAUCACACUUAAUAAUUUUUUUUUUAGUCAGCUAGGCAGGGGAUGCAACUGAACUUAAGCCUGCUGCAAAUAUUUUAUCACCUGUGCGAAUGCUUUUUUAACAUAAAAUGUAUGUAAAAUGAAAUGUUUGUGUAUGUGCUCAUGUCAUCAUGUCUGCAGUAAAUUAAUCAUUAAUUUAAAUCAUCUGGGCACCCUGGUGGCCUUGGGCUUAAAGGUAUGCUGGUGUUUUUUCUUGUAAACAAACAAGUUAUAUUUAUAUUCAGUGUUUCUCACCAAAACACUGUGUAUUCUUGAUGUCAAACAAACGUGUUGAAUUCAUUUCUUUUCUCAUAGCAAAGCCAAUCUGCACGUGUCUAAUAUGCUUUUUCCACAAAAAAGUUUAAAUGCCUGGUUAAAAAUGUACUCCUCCCUCAUUGUAAAACCCAGAAUCUAUGAAUAUGCAAAUAUUUUUCAUUUCAGUAUUUAAUUAUUUUCUUAAGGCUGUGUUAUUGUGUAUGAUUUGUCCCGUUAGUUAUAAAGGCUGGUGCUUUUAUUUUGAAGGAAUCAUGCCAGUAGGAGGAAAAACCCGGAAGUGGAAUAGCAGGAGUGUCAGCACAGUAAAGGUGUGCCUUAUUAGAGAUUGUUACUAAGUUAAGAGUUCAAAAGUGGUAUUUCACGAUUGUGUAUAAAUAACAUUAAUUCAGUUUGAAUUUGAGGUUUAUAAUACAAGAUCUUAGAGUUGUGGUUGAAUAUUAUUGGAAGGUUUUAUUGAUGUAUUUCAUCAGGAUGUUAAAGGCUGCUUGACAUUUGUUUAAUGACUCUCCCUCAUUGAUCUUAAAAUAAAAUAAAUCUUAAAAUUGA